AUCAGCUUAAGAAAGUAAUUAUCCCUUAUAAAGAAAUUCUGAACAGUUACUGUAUUUUCUACCUUCCUACGCCUCAAUCACCACUGCAUUUCUUCCGAAGAAGAGCUCGGCGAACACCACCACCAUCCGGGUUUGGGCAACAACUCUCCAUAGAGAAGAGAAGAGAAGAGGAUAUGUCGAUAUCGAGCAACAGCGACACGAGCUGGGUCGGAAAGAAGCCCAUUAGACGCCUCGGUGGAAUGGCCGACGCCCUUUCCAUAGCUACCGAUCUCGGCUUCUCCGUCCCUCCUCCUACCCUCAACAACCAGGAAGAGACACAAAGCAUGUCAUCGAUGUCUAACAGUGACAAGAGUGAUGACUUGAUUAAAGUCUUACGAGAGCUUACUUCUGUACAACGAAACAUUGCAAACUUGAAAGUAGAAGUUCAAGGUCGAAAGGAUGACAAGAACGUCGCACAUCUAACACAUGUGAGUGAAAUGGAAAAGAAGUGCGAGUCUCUGGCUAGGAUUACUGCUAUAUUAAAAGAUGUCAUUCAGAACAAGGAUCGCAUCAUAGCUCGACUUCAGCAACCAUAUUCACUCGAUUGCAUUCCAGUGGAAGCAGAAUAUCAGAAACAAUUUUCGGAGUUGUUGCUAAAGGCUGCUAGUGAUUAUGGAGCCUUGACAGCAUCUGUUGAAGAUUUCCAGUGGAGCCAGAAUUUUAGAGAAUCACCGACAGUGUGGGGUGAAAUGUUGCGCCCAAUUCCAGUUGCUCUAGCAUCUUGCACCCGCUUCUUUGAAGCAAUGUCUGCAAUGAGGGAAUCACUUGCGACACUUCAGCAUUUGCGCGUGGGCCCGUCCUCCUUGCCCAUGACACCUGCAAAAGAUAAUUCUCAAGGGGUAGGGGAACCCGAAUGUGUGACACCACUGCCUCCUUGGCAAGAAGAGGCAAGCUCUGAUGACCUAGUCAGAAGCAAUAGGAGACAAGGGGUGGAGAACCAGCGGGAGGAUGAAGAUGGAAAAAGUGAGGUCGGUGACCCUAAUCGGGUGGAUUCCAUGAGCCAAAGGAGGUUGUCUUGGCCCCCCUCAGUCAAGAAGAGUAUAUGAGAUGCAACAAUUUCUUGUGUUUUUGUUCCAUAUGUUGAUUCAUUUCUGAUGCCUCUUUGUAUUUUUGGACGGGAUAUCAAUUGUGAGAUGGUCCUUUUGUAUUGUUUAGAUAUAGGUAUUCAUUUGUUUGUGAUGGUUAGGACUCACAAUGUGUGUUGUGUUCUACUGUUUGAGAAAAAUACAUGUUCAACUAUUUGAGAGAA